AUGUCGGAUUCCGAGCUGGAGUUGUUCGAGGAGGUCGUCCCGGUUCCGGGUUCCGCCUCCCCUGCUGCUCAACGCAGUUCCCGGCUCGCGGCUCGUCGGGGCUCCGACGGGUCUGCGUUAGAGGCGGGUCUGCGCGCCGUGGGUCGGAAGCGUACAAGGAAGUCGCGCCGUCCGGAGGUGCUUGAUUCGGACGCUGGGCCGUCUACCGGCCCUGCCGUCGCUCCUCUGCCUGUUCCCGUUUCCGAUCGGCCCGGGGAAGCCCUCUCUUCUACCCUUCUGGUCCUGGCGUCUUCCCUUCAAUCCAUCGAUGCCCGCCUGCGGUCUCUGGAGAAUGCCGGGGCUUUCGCUCCCGUGGCUGCGCCGCUCCCAGCCUCGGCGCCCCUCGUGCCCAUGGAGGAGCCACUGCACACCCUGGCUUCCGCAGUAGCUGUUCUGUCAGCAGGCGAUCAGUACAGCACGGUGCUCCGUUCUGCUGACCCCAGGUUGGCAAGGGACCUGUCUAUCGGGGAGUUUCUGGUAGCUUUCGGGAUCUUCCGCGAUGUGGUGUGCUCCGUGUUUCCCCUGAGACAGCAGGAACUAGACGGCUACAUGGCUCUGAUUGGGGACCUGAAUCUGCACUACGGGAGAAACCUGUUCUACCAGUACCACAAAGAAUUUUCGAGCAAGGCUGCUCGCUACGUUUCCCGGUCUAACGUGUUGCUGGACUGGUCCGUGCUGGAUACCGAGCUGUUGUCAGCGGUGCGGGAGCCGGCUGUCGUUUCCCAGCUGCUGGCCAGAGAGUGCGGUAAACGCUACGUGAUAGGCCCGUUCGACUCGUCCCCUUUUCCACUGUUUCGCAGUAGUCCCCUCGGCGUCGCUAUGCGGAAGUAUUCCGGUAAGAAACGUCUUAUCCUGGACCUGUCUGCUCCGCGCUCCGGUCCGAUUCCCGGCAUUAACAGGCUUAUUCCCCUCAAGCCUUUUUUGCUUCACUAUGCCACCGUGGACCACGCCAUUAAGCUCAUAAAGCUGGCGGGGCCCGGUGCCUGGCUUUCCAAAGCAGACAUCACUGACGCGUUCAAGAUCGUCCCCGUUCACGCGUCCCAGUGGCACUUGCUCGGGAUGAAAUGGGAUAACCGGUUCUAUUUCGCCGUGCGUCUCCCGUUCGGGAGCAGGAGCAGCCCCUCCAUUUUCAACCGGGUUUCCGAGGCCCUUUGUUGGAUCCUGUUAAACCGGGUCCGGGUCCCCGCGUUGCUCCACCUUUUAGACGAUUUUCUCUUGGUAGAUCCUCCGUCCGAUGCGUCCGGCGCUUCCCUGCUGCUGUUGAAAAAUCUGUUCCGCGGACUGGGCAUUCCCCUUUCCGACGAGAAAACUCUCGGGCCGGCCACUCGUCUGGAGUUUCUGGGCAUCACGCUGGACACGGUGGAGAUGAAGGCUUCCCUGCCGGUUGAGAAGCUCGAGCGGGCUUGCAGCAUGGCCCGGUCGCUCGUGCCGUCUUCAGUCAUGUCCAAGCGGCAGCUGCUGUCUCUCCUCGGGCACUUCAAUUUCGCCAUGCGCGUGAUUCCCCAGGGCCGCUCGUUCAUCUCCCGGUUGCUCGUCCUGGCGUCUUCCGUGUCUGGUUUGCUCGAUCCGGUGUGCUUGGACGAUGGUUGCCGGUCCGACUUAUCGUUCUGGUUGCAAUUGCUCGAGGGUUGGAACGGCGUGUCGUUCUUUUACAACGACGUUGUUCGGUCUUCGGACUCUCUGCGGUUUUUCACCGACGCCGCGCCGUCCGUUGGUUUUGGGGGGUUCUAUCAGGAGCAGUGGUUCGCCAGCCCGUGGCCCCAUGACUUCGCUGCGCCCGGUGCCUCUUCCGCCCUGUACGAAAUCUACCCCGUCGUGGUCGCUUGUUACCUGUGGGGCCAGUCGUGGCGUCGUAAGCGCAUAGCUGUUUGCGACAAUCAGGCCGUGGUGAGCAUCAUAAAUAAGGGCCGCUCUAACUGCCCACACAUAAUGUCAUUCAUGAGACGCAUCACUUGGCUCUCCGUUACUCAUAAUUUCAUCCUCACAGCACGUCACGUGCCGGGCCACGAUAAUGUUAUAGCUGAUUCCCUGUCCCGUUUCAAUUUUCAGGUGUUCAGGGAUCUGUGCCCGUACGCCAGCCAGUGGCCCUUGGCCGUCCCCCCCCUCGCGUCACUGGUCCUAGAUUAA